CGCCGAUCCGGAAUUUUACCUGGGCCGUGACCUUCCGGGUGUCCGCCGUCACGAAAUUAACCCGUAUCCUCCCUCGACCAAGCAGCCUUGGAGAUUGAGUCCGAACCCGUCCGAAAUCGACUCAUCCCACCAUGCCACUGGUUGACCCCGUGACGAUGUCGAAGCCAUCAUCAAAGGCCGCUUCCGACGCGGGCAAGCCGAAAGACGGACUGCAUCCCGUCUACGCCCUAACGAGCCCUACCGCGCAGGUCGUCCGACACGUCCAGCCGGUGCUUCUCUCCGGCCUCUUCUUCGCGCAGUUCGGCUCAUUGGUGGCCGAUCCCGUACCAGCUCUGUACAGCUCCCUCCCGAUUGUCGCUGCGAUCCAAGUCGUCUACGCCUUUUUCAGUCUUCCCGCAGCUGGUUCGCAAAGCGCGAAGCCCUCAAGGAAGCCUCGGCUGGGUGAGAAGAAGAAGGUUGAGAGCACGGGACCGAACCCCUUUAUCGCUAUAUUCCUAUCUUUCCUCCUUGCCGUCCUCGUCACGCCUGCCAUCCACCUUGUUCUUAUUCUCUUCGGCGCCCCUUUUCUGACGCAUGUCCCUCACACGCUUCUCUGCUCCGCCAACGUCGCUAUUCUUUCGUUGUUCCCCCUCUUCUACGUUCAUGGAGUCGAAGCGAAUACGUGGGUAGCUCUUGCUAGCGCGGCUGCGCCAUUGGACGAGGCAUACGGCGGUCUGGUGGGGGGCGUACUGGGUGCGUGGCUCGGCGCAGUCCCUAUUCCUCUGGAUUGGGACCGCGAAUGGCAGAAGUGGCCUGUCACAAUCCUAUGUGGUCUCUACGCCGGCUACAUUCUCGGCAAGACGAUUGGCGGCACGUUAGCGUUUGGAAAAAAGAUGGCCGUCUUCUCAGAAGAUGAUGAGUAAGUUACUCGGGCAUGCCUGGUAGAAACCAAAGCCAAAAUAUCAUCAAAAAGCAACUGUGAGCGAGUGCGGAAGCCUGAUUCCGUAUCGGAUCCCAAUCACUGGGCGCAUAUUCGCCCGCGCCGCUUCUAGUCGACCUCGACAGGUCAUGCGUGCCAUGUCUUAGACUCCAGCCAGGACUGGAGGAA